UUGUCCUUUUUAUACUCUACUUCUACUCUAUUUUUUUUCCACCUUGAUUACUUUCUUCCAGUUUCCAGCUUGAUCAGCUCUAAAGAAUUUCCAAUGGCAACAAUGAACAAGACCAACUCUACCGAUGAAAGGAACCUCCAGGUCAAGAUGUCUGCUGUGUCGCCAAAUCUACCAUGGUGCCACACAAUAAAUUUACUAAGGGGCAGAGAUUUAGUUUGGGAGGAAUUGGAAAUGAGUGGCAUUUAACUCCAGAGCUUAUAUGUUUACUAUCUGGACUGCGGUUCUCAGCAUUUUUCAGACAAUAUGGACAUCAGCAAAUUCUAGAAAUUGAAGUCCAGUAUUUUUUCCAGCCUGUAACAGCUGUCACCAGAGACUUCUGUGAAACUUCUCAAGGUGCUGAGCCAGAAUGGAACUUCCCAACUUCGGAACCUCGUUUGCAUUGAGAGCUCCCCCCUCUUCGCGUGCAAAGUGGAAUGAGCCGCAACAGCCCGUUGCCAUGGCGACGGCGAGCCGCGUUUGCUGCGCGUCCUGCCGGAAAGAAGAGGCCGCGGAGGCUUGGCACCUUCUUCCCUUCUUUUUCCCAGAGAGUGUGGACGAGUUUGAAAGAUUGCUGUAACCUUUUCUUAAUUUGCAAUUAUGAAUGCCAAUGAUUUUGUCAUACUCCCUGGUUCAAAAACUGGAGUGUCUGCAAAACUGAAAGCAAAAAGCAUGCGAGAGCUGCAGUUGGAGAAGGUCCGCCUGGAGCUUGAAAAUCAGGAGAUGGAAAAGAAACUGCAGCAACUGCAAUUAAACAUGAGCAGAGAGAAACAAGAGAGAGAACAAGCAAAUAGAUAUCAUUGGAAGUCAGGUCAAGCCGGUGUGAGUUUACAACCACAGCUGUUGUCACAAAACAAAGAAAAUGUUGGAAAGAUUUCUUCAGGAAAAGUAAAAUUGAGAGUCCUCAAAGAACAAAUUCAAGUUCCAGAACCGGCUAAACAGACACCUGCACAUAAAUUGGUGAAUGUUUCAACAACUGAAAAGCCUAGAGUUAAGGGAAAGGCAUGUGGUCAAUGUGAAAUGAAGACUGCACUACUGGUGUGUUUGGAGUGUGGAGAAAACUACUGUCCUGCCUGCUUUGCCAGGGUACACCAGAAGGGGGCACUGAAGCUCCACAGAACAACACCUUUAAAGACAAAGACACAUGUCUCAGUUGGGAAACUUGAAGCUGCACAGAACUUCCUGAAAACAAUCCAUGAUGAGCACUCUAAUGGCUGGAUAAAUAAUGAGCAAAAUAAAGAAACCAGUGAAAUGCUAGAAGAUACGUUAGACCUUCCUUCACCCUUACAAAAAGUGCCAACAUUUAAUAUUGAGGAAGCUUCUAGAGUACCUUCUUCUGAGAUCAGGUGUGACAGCCAGAGUGGUGGGUCUUUAUUUCAUGGUACUUACGAUGAGGAAGAAUCAGCAAAGUCUUUUCAGGAAGCUCUAAAUCAGUGGAGAAAUGGAAAUUGUUCUCAAAAAUCUAAGGAAGAACGUUCCUGUCAAGUUGGUUCAGAAAAUUCAGGUACUUGUCAGGUGCAGACAAGUCCCCCACUUGUGAAAAAACCUAUUGAAAUUGAAUUCAAAGAAGAUAGUUUGAAAUAUAUGGAAAGAUUAUUGAUUAAGAAGCACAGAAGAACUCCAGUUGAUAAAUUACCAGAUAGCAUUAUAGCAGAUGAACUGAAACUUGAAAAAACUUUGCCAAAUGAAACUCCUAAUAGUUGGGUUGGAGAAGAUAAUGAAGAUGAUGAAAUAGCAAGUGCACAUUUUGCAGCUGAAGAAAUGAAAAAAUACUGGAGAAAUGUUUUUAUACAAGAAGAGCCUGAGAUUGACCCUGUGCAUUCUGAGCCAUCUUUGAAAAUCAAGAUUCUUGAAGAUGCUUACCAAGAGGAGAUAGAGGAGUCUACUAAUUUUGUAGUGAUGGAAGCUGGAUCUGAUGAGUUGAUUGAUAGCAGUGGUGCCAUGUCAAAAAGCCAUAAAACUGAACCAGACAUUUUUCUGGCACAAACUAGCAAUAUUACCACAAGGUCACCUCUUUCUUCUUCAGUAAGAAAGGAAAAGUGUUUAACUUUUCUUCGUAAUAAAUGUGAAGAAACUUUAAGAGCAAGAACACCUUUUUCUCAGUUUGAAAGAGCUGGAGAUGCCUGCGGCUGUUCUGGUGCAGAAGAAAUGCUUCCCAGCACCCCUUUAGAAAGAACUAUAACGAAAGAAAAAUGUGCCAAGAAAAAAAAGAGUAGCUCUUGCAUGUCAUCAGAGCAAACAUUUAGUCCUCUCAAAUUGGCUCCUGCUGAACCUUUUGCUGCAGUGGAAUUGCCCAAGGACUGCAAGACACCUAUGGAGUUGAAUGAAGCUUCACCACUUGCUAUGAAGUCCUCAGUGUUCUUAAAGGUAGCCAGGAGGGAAAAGCCUAUUCAUCAUCCAUAUCAAGGACUUGAAGGAUUUUUUACUGUGGGUACAAGCUGCCAGCAGGUUAUGAUGGACUCAUUUCCUUCUCCAUAUAUAGGGAGGCGUUUUCCAAGCAGCAACAUUUCAUUCUCAGGAACAGAAAAGUGGAUGCAACACUUAAGCUUAGGCGAAUGUUCUGAUGAGUGUGUUGUGCAAGAUGUCUUGAAAAUGGAGCAGAGCAGACCAUUAAGUAGAUGUGGGAGACAAAGCCCAAGUCCUAGAGCCUCUUUUUCAGUCUUGUCCAUGGGAAGUGCUUCUCCGAAACCCUUCUCUGCAAACAUUCCCAUUAAGUACACUUUUUGUACUCCUUCAGUCCUUGAGGCAUGGCCCAAAAGCUCAGAUAGCUUGCCUUUAUCUCGAGCUGCUUCUGAAAUUUCAGAAAUUGAAGGAAUUGAUAUCAGUGAGCUUGAUGAUCCUUCUUGGGAGUACAGUAUUGAUCAAAAAGCCUUAGCAGAUUUAGCAGAUGAAUUUCAAAGUAACUCAGAUCCUUUGGAAAAACUCAAUGGUUUAACCUCUGGUGACUUCAACAGACAAUCAAGGAUGACGUAUCAAAACCUUCUUGAUUUCUAUAAUAACCAUGAAAUAAAUAACUACAGCAAAGGUGAUGCUAUAAGAAUUUGUGAUGAAAGCCAUACGGAUGAUGAGGAAGACCAAAGGGACAAGCAGGAGGUGAUACAAUUACAUUGAGAAGAGAAAGUGAUUAUAGAAAGAGGAAUCUUAAUCUGAUACAAUUUUACAUUUCAUAUACAGUCAUCAGGCCAAGGUGCUGGAUUAACUGAGUUUGAGAGAAAAUGAAUCUCAAGUAAUUAGAUAAAGUGUAUGUUGAUCCUGAAACAAAGUAGCCGCAGCAUCAAGUACAACAAAAAGAGUUGAUUUUUCUAUUUCAUUAUUCCAGUGAGACUUCUUGUAAACAAUCAGUUAACCCUACAUAUGCUGGGCAACGAAAGGAAGAAUGUUCAUCCAGAGAAGAUUAGUGGUUGUAAAGCUUUCUUGUUCGUUGGGAUAGCUGCCAGGAGUCUGACCUGUAAUUUGCAGCUGUGAAGUUAUUGGUGUAACUCAAUAGAUAAGUGUGUCAAUAAGUAACAAGUGAGCAUCUACAGCAAAAGUUGCUGUGCCUUCUAGACUCCAAACAAAGUGCGCCUGUUGAGACGCCAAUCAGCUUGAAAUGUUCUUUAGAACUUAUGGAGGGAAUAAAGGAGAAGCAGUAUCUUUAUAAAACUAGUAGCGAUAAAGGAUAUAAUACUGGACUAGCUACUCACUUUAGGCAUGAAUAUUUUUAUGAUAAUGGACAGUCAUUUCAUGAAAGAUGAAAAAUUUCCCUAACUUUUAAGAUCUAGCACAAAUACAUUAUAGAUCUUACAGUGAGGCCAGCCAGAUCUCUUCAGAUAUCUUGUGUUACGUCAUUGUCAUGCAUCUUAUUUUAAAUUACCCUUUCUUUAUUUUACAAGAAAACUGAAGAGAACUAAAAACAUAUGAAAUAAUACUAAUAUCAGUAAUAAAAAGAACUGAACAAAAACUGAACAGCAAUGGGGCAAAAAUAGAACAGCAAAAGCAUAGGUAAAUCAUCAAAUUAUAACCAAAACUCAGCUACGACCAAAUGUCAUUCUGAAAUAGCCGUAUUUUUACCAAAUGAAAAGGUAGGUUUAAAGACAUUAGGUAUAUUUUUGAAGCACAAUUUCACUAGCUUUUUACCUUUUUGAUUGCAUUUUUACAAUUGUACAACACUCUUUUGAAAAUCUAUCCUUUAAAGUAAGAUUGCACUGUAAAAGCCUAUAAAUAUAAAUAUAUAAUUACAUGGUAAAAUAGUUUAAAGUAUUGUUUAAAACAGAAUAGUUUUAUCUGCUCUGAAUGUUACUGUAUUGAUAUGGGUCUCCCUCUAGUAGUAAUGCCAGAGAUUAUUGACAACUGUUGCAAAGAGAAUGUGAUUAGAUUAAACCUGUGUUUUUGAGGAAAUGUGCAUACAUAACUCACAGACAUUUUCCCUCCUGCUAUUUUGAGCCACUUGACAUUUGCUGUAGAAAGUUACCUGUAACAUUUCCAGCAUUUUUUCUGCAAAAUUACAUUGCAUUGAAAAUCCCUUGUUUAAUACUCUCAUAUAGCUCCACAAGCAGGAAAUUUCUGCCUAACAUAUCCCUUAAAAACCUCUCAGGUUCAAAAGUCAUUGUUGGAGAAACCAUUAAACCAGUGGUUCCCAACCUGGGAUCCCCAGAUGUUUUUGGCCUACAAUUCCCAGAAAUCCCAGCCAAUUUACCAGCUGUUAGGAUUUCUGGGAGUUGAAGGCAAGAAACAUCUGGGGCCCUCAGGUUGAGAACCACUGCAUUAAACCAUCGACUUGGUAUAUGUUGUGGUGCUUUCAUAUGGCUUUUCGCCCCCAUUUUUGAAAAGUUCCUGGUGAGAUGUGUUUUUUGAUUGCAAUCCAUAUUUCCGCCUCUCAUUAAUCGCAAAUAGAUUGCAAUAGAUUGAGAUAGCAGUUUCUAAAAAGUUACCUUCUUUUAAUUUUUUUUCAAAUUAAGGGUGUGGAGAAAGGGUUAAUGGGAAUUUCUGGUGGGCUAUGUUGUGAGAAUCUUUAAAAAGAGAUGAGUGAAGCCUUGUGUGUGGGGAGAGAGUGAGAGCGAGAGCGAGAGACAACCUUCAGAAUUGUAAGCACAGGUAGUGAGGGAAGAGAGAACGUCUUCAUUUGCUGCUGUGUAUUUUCCAGAGUAGAGCAUUCAUAUACAUUGCUAGGGCUUGGGAAAAUAGAAUGUUUGAUCCGGAGAAGCAUUUCUUCUUGACCUCAAUUGUAGCAAUCAGUUGGGCAGGUUAGAAUGCAUUGUAAGAGAACACAUCCUCAUCCUCCAUUGGUAGCUGAUGAAUCAAUUCAUUAAUGGAAAUCACUAACAGCCUCCCUUACUUAUGAACCAACAGGUCAAGCAAAUCCCAGUGCAAGUCUAUUAUUGUUGAUGUGGUAGCCACAACUAUUUUAAGUGUGAGCUGCUCAUAUUAGAGAUAAUGGACAAUCACCUGAUACCACUAUCUUCCAGUGAUUGUUGGAGGAAAAGAUCAGAUUUCUACCUUACAGCAGCUGUCAGCAACAGGCACUCUGGUGAACUAUGAAAUUGGUGAAUUUUCAUAGUUCUACAUGUGGAAAUAUUUGCCUGUCAACCUUUACAGUAUGACGCAAGAGUGGACAACUAUGUAUGGUUCUUUAGAUGUUGCCAAGACAAACUCUUGUAAUUCUUAAAUAAUAAUAAUAAUAAUAAUAAUAAUAAUAAUAAUAAUAAUAAUAAUAAUAAUAAUCUUUAUUUAUACCCCGCCACCAUCUCCCCAACGGGGACUCGGGGCGGCUUACAUGGGGCCAUGCCCAGAACAAUACAAUAUAACUGUUAUGGUUGAGCCUUCGGGCUCCGGUAAUAGAAGAAGGGGUCAUAAGACUCCUCGAGAGUCAGACUCUUUCGAGGAGCGUGAAAGAAAACGGCUCCGGGAUUUGUUUACAGACCCGACAGAUGAGGACUCAUUUGAGGGUUUUUCUGAGGGUUUGGAGGAAGAGAUGGCCAGCUCGGAGGAGGAUGACAUGGAAUGGACUCGUGUGAGGGAGGAUUUGGGUGUUGGGGAAACAGGCAAUGAAAGCAUGGGAGGUGAUUGGCGGGUUGCAGGAUCAGACCCAUGGACUGGCUGGAGGGAUGGAGCGGGAUCCACAGCUGGGGAUGCUGUGGGGCGUAGUCAAAGGUGCUUAAGCUCUGAUGAGGAUGAUGAUGUUGGGGCACCUGGAAUUGGGAUGGCAGCUGACAGCGAUGAUGAGCUUGAACUGGGAUAAAUUGGGGUUUGGGACCAAUGUCUAAUUGCGUUGGGCAAGGUAAUCUGGACGGACGCUUGGGCUUUUGUUGGGGAACUUCCUGAAGACGGGUGUGAUUCGUUACUGGAUACGUAAGUUUACCAAGGACACUGGGCAUCGACGGCGGGAGGAACUGUGCGGGGUUUUUCUCUGUGCAACUUGUGUUUAAUCUCGAUAGCUUGGACCUCCGUCGUCUUUUUGACGGGCAAUAUCUACUCGCACUGAAUUGAAGCUGGACUGACUGACUUCGAUUCCGGAUUAUCCCUUCUGCUGGCUAUCGGUGAGACCUUUGGAUUUCUAGACGACUACGCUUGGCUAUUGACCUCUGGACCGGAUUGGGACCCUGCUGACUGCCGUUACCCUGACUGCUAUGCCUGGACCUGGAUAUCGUUGGCCGCUGAACCUUAAACUGAAUUCUGACUACGACCACGCUUUUCGUUUGCUGCAGGAAGGAAUAAACAAGCCUGGUUUAUUCUCCUGCUGUUUCUGAGUAGCAGAGAGGAAUCUGCUACCAGUCUGUUGUUUACAUUCUGACUCCUGUUGAUCCUCUUUUGUUUGCAUUGUUUGCCAGGCUGAAGUAAGCACUUUUGAUUUAAUCCGGAUUAUACUUCUGUUUAACCCGGUUUAUCCCUUUGAAUUGUUUAAGCUCAAACUGAGUUGUUUUUUGUUACUUAUCACACUGAAGUCAAGUGUUUGCCCUGUUCUUUGUCUCCUACGGGCGUUUUUAGUUCUGUAACCUCAAUAAACUGAGUUUUGUUUUA